AUGCGACCUCAUCACUCUGGGCUUAGCCCACAGACAGAACCAGCUCCCUUCACCAUCAUGAUGGACCACAGCAGCUACAGACUUGGAGAGGAGGUGAAAGUUCAGCUCCGGGCACCGGCCUCCACACCAUUUAUUGGUUUCCUGUUACAGGCUAGAGAAGUGGGGGGGCAGUCUCCUGUGGGCUCCUUUGCUUUGACAGCAGGAGCUGCUCAACACCUGAUCUGCAGCAAGAGACCUAAACGUAUCUCAACUGCAGACUGUGGUGUCACCAAGGUUUGUUUCAGUCAGCCUUCAAAGUGUGACCCUACAGCCAGUGCUGACUGUUAUUUCAUGUCAGCUAUGAUGUUGUCCCCCAGUGAUGUAGCAAUCCACUAUGAGAUUACAGGUCCUUCGGAUGGAUACAUCUCUUUUGGAUUCUCAGAUGAUCAGAUAAUGGGAAACGAUGACAUAUAUGUUUGUGGCAUAGGCAGCAACGGCCUGGUAUGGUUGCAGCAUGCCUUUUCAACAGGACGAACAGCUCCUCACGCUCUUCCUCUGGGUAACGUUUCUAAUUUAAGAGCAUCAGUGCUUGACAGGGUGAUCAGCUGUUCCUUCACCUCCAUGAACACUAUUUCUACUGAGAGGACCAAUGGCUUCAACAAAACCUACCAUCUCAUGUUUGCCCAUGGACCCAGCAGCAAUGGUCGAAUCCAGUUCCAUACAGCUACCUUCAUCAGCACUGACAAGGUAGACAUUUCCAGACCUCAGCUUGUCAGAAACGUAGGAUGGCCUCAUAUCAUCAAAGCACAUGGAGCCCUGAUGCUGAUAGCCUGGAUGAACAUGGGAUCACUGGGAAUGAUGGUAGCUCGAUAUCUGAAAGGAGUGGCCAAAGGAACGCGCCUGUUCGGCAAAGAUGUCUGGUUUCUGGUCCAUGUUGCAGUGAUGAGUGGGUCCAUAGCAGUCACAAUCAUUGCCUUUAUCCUCUCCUUCUCCUACGUCAAGGCCUGGUCUGGGGGAGCCCAUCCUGUGUUAGGCUGCGUUGUUAUGAUCCUCUUGUUCCUCCAACCCAUAUUGGCUCUGAUGCGCUGUGGACCACAACAUCCACUGAGGUAUCUGUUCAACUGGUCACAUGCUUUAAAUGGAGUGGCAAUAAAAGCAUUAUCUGUGGCAGCCAUAUUGACAGGCCUGAAGUUGAUUGACAGCACUCUGGACCAAUGGCUUCUGAAAGUGAUGGGUGGUUUUGUUGGCUGGGAAGCUUUGUUCUACAUUCUGUUGGAUGUCCAUUUAAAAUGGAUGGUUAACAGUACAGUUAUCUUGCUGACAGCUCUGUUCUUCCUGGGAAACAUCACCUUUUUGAUGGCACUAUUGGUUGGAAUUGGGAUGUCCUAA